AUGCCACCAAAACCUCGUAUAACAUCCUCAAACUCCCCGGAAUACCGCCAUCGUCUCGCGGACAUCAGUUCCCGAGCAUGCCUCUCCGACCCCCUGAACGUGCUCUUCCAACGCGAUAAUGUCGGCUCUUCAGCCCAAGUCACACUUGAAAACAUCUACAAAUCUAGCCUCCACCGCAUCGAAGCGAAAGUCGGGCUCGGUUCCCUAGUCGUCGAAGCUGAUCAGUUCGCCGCUGUCGCGUGCUGGGAACCUCCAGGAGUAGUUUGUCGUAAUCAUGAUAUUGAAGAACUUGAAGAACUAGCAAAGGAGAGACCCAUUUAUGCUGCUUUUAUUCGGGAUAUUGAAGCUGCGGAGAAUGAGUGUUUGGGAGAGGGUCAGAAGUGCUGGCAGCUUAGUUUGAUGGCGAGGGAUCCGCUGAGAACGAGUAAGGGGGCGGUGAGGGCCAUUAUUGAACCAUUUGUAGAGAGGUCGAAGGCGGAGAGGGUGCCGAUUUGGUGCGUUGCGGGCAAUGAGAGGGCGAGGGAUGUGUAUGCUUAUUUUGGUUUUGAGGUUGUGAAAGUGAUUUAUUUGGGGGAGGAGAAGGGCUGGAAGAAACGCCGCGGGAAGACACGGCCCGAAAACUUCAAAGUUCCUUUUGGAAGAUCAGAGGCAAAUGAUACAUUUGUCUUACACUCUACCUUGCCAGCAGUGGCUGUGGAUCUGAGAGAAUACGGAAGCUCAGAGGUCCGGAUUCUUCAAAGCAUUAAUUCGUUGCACGACGUGAGAGAAGGCUCAUCUGCCGCAAGCAAACAUCUUUUUGCCAUCAGAAACCCCUCGCCAAAGGUCUCACUUGUUGUGGCGCUCUGUCUGCAAAAGGGCUCAGAGCUUGGCAAUACUAUGGCCGCUGGAGCCCAUGUGGAGGAAAGAAGAAAUAUAGCUGAAAUCACACCCUCUGCCAGCUCGGGUUCUUCGCUUUCUUGGCGUGACGUCGGCAUGGACGUUGACUUCGUUAAGGGGUAG